AUGUCUGACAAUGAAGAUUUUCCAUCUGCUAAACGAUAUAAAUUAGAUGAAACAAGUGAUCUUGAAAUAUCACCAAUAUUGACAGAUUCAUUUCAAGACAAUUCAAUUCAAGAUACAAAAAUUUUUAAUGAUCCAAUUCAUGGUUCAAUUGAAUUACAUUGGUUACUUGUUAAAUUAAUUGAUACACCAGAAUUUCAAAGACUUCGACGUCUUAAACAACUUGGAGCAGCAUAUUAUGUAUUUCCUGGUGCAUGUCAUCAACGAUUUGAACAUUCAAUUGGAACAUGUUAUCUUGCUGGAGAAUUAUUAAUGCAUCUUUGUCAAAAACAACCGGAAUUGAAUAUAACAACAAAAGAUAUUUUAUGUGUUCAAAUGGCUGCUCUUUGUCAUGAUCUUGGUCAUGGACCAUUUUCUCAUAUGUUUGAAAGUGUUAUUGAAGAACUUCGACCAGAAUUACAUUGGAAACAUGAACAUACUUCUGUUCAAAUGUUUAAUUAUAUGAUUGAAAAAAAUAAUUUAAUGUCAUUUUUUGCACAAGUUGGACUCAAUGAAAUCGAUAUUAUUUUUGUAAAUGAACUUAUUUUUAAUGAAUUAAAUGGACAAGAAAAUAAUCAGGUUUGGCCAUACAAAGGUCGGGAUAUAAGUAAAUCAUUCCUUUACGAGAUAGUAUCGAACAAAUUAACUGGUGUUGAUGUGGAUAAAUUUGAUUAUUUUGCACGUGAUUCAUAUUAUUUGGGAACAAAAAUUUCAUUUGAACAUAUGCGUUUUAUUAAAUUUUAUCGAGUAAUUAAAGUUAAUGAUGGUAGACGUCAUUUAUGUUUACGUGAUAAAGAGGUUAAAGCUUGUUAUGAAAUUUAUCGAAUUCGAGAUGAUCUUCAUCGACGUGCUUAUCAACAUCCGGUUGUUAAAGGCAUCGAAUUGAUGCUUAGAGAAGCAUUGAUUGCAGCUAAUGAUUAUUUAUUCUUUUGUAAUGCAGCAGGACGAUGUGAUACUCGUCUUGCUCAUACUAUUGAUGAUAUGUAUACAUUUGCUCAAGUAGAUGAUAAUAUAAUAACACUAAUAAAACAUUCACAUCAUCCAAAUAUGAAUAAAGCAAAAGAAAUCCUUGCAAAAAUUGAACGAAGAGAAAUUUAUCGAUAUAUUGGAAAUACACAUAUAAAAUUCACAAUAGAUUUUAAACAGAAAUCAAGCAAAAAUGCUUGUCAAGAUAUUAUUAAAUAUUGUCAAUUCAAUGGAAAUGAAAUGCAUAUUACACCAAAUGAUCUUGUUAUACAGACCGUUGAAUUAACAUGUGGUGAUCGAGGUGAAGAUCCACUUCAAAAUAUGUGGUUUUAUACAAAGAUGUGUCCGAAUACAGCAACAAAGAUAUUAAAAGAACAAGUAUCUACACUUUUACCACAAACAUUUCGUGAACAUGACCUUCGUCUUUAUUGUAAAAUUCGUGAUCAAACUAUUUAUUCAAUUAUUCGUUGUGGUUUUAAAGAAUUUUGUAUGGCAAAAGGAUAUACAAUACCCAAGGGUAGUGAUCAAUGGAAUAUGAUGUCAUUAAACAAUGGAUCAGGAUCUGAAUCAUUAUCAAGUAUUGAUAUACAACGUUUUAAUUUGAAAAAAUCCACUACAUUAUAG